CGGAGGGUGGAACUGUUAAGGCAAAGAAGGAAGGAAGAAGGAAUCGGGAUUGAAGCAUGGACCAAACCAAUCAAGGGAGUAACGGGAGUCAAGGAGGAGGACCAGUGUGGAAUAACGGGGGUGGAGGUAACUGGAGUGGGCCACCAGGAUGGGGUGGGAAUGGGAACGGAGGUGGAAACGGAGGAGGAUGGGGAGGAGGUUGGAACGGUGGAAACUCGGGAGGUUGGAAUAACGGAGGUUGGAACAACGGAGGACCUGGAUGGAACAAUGGAGGGCAAGGAUGGAAUAACGGAAGGAACGGAGGGAGAAGGCAAGUCCGAUGUUACAACUGUAAUCAGUUUGGACACUACUCACGGGACUGCCCGAUGCCAAGGUUUGGGGGAGGCUUCUUCCAAGGGGGUAAUCAGCCCCAGAUGGGGGCCCCGGUCCAAGGCGGUAACGGGGGCGGAGGUGAAAGCGAGGGAGGAAGCGGGUCUGGAGAGGUGACGGCAGCACCAGUAGUAAAGUUGAGUAAAGAGCUCGAGGAUUCCUUCGGGGCUAUGGCCUCGUUCUUUAAGUUAUCACUGGAAGAGAAAGCGAGGGAAGAGGCAGCGAGGAAAGAAAUAGAAGAGAAACUGAAGAGGGAGGAGCAAGAAAAGAUAGCGAGAGAGAAAGCUAAGCGGGUAGAGUUGGAGAAAAAGAAUGAGGAGGAAAAGAAGGAAGCAGAUCGUUUAUGGGGGAUGAGGCAGUUAUUUAGCGAGCAGAGGAUAUUCCUACGGAAAGAAGUGAAAAAGGCCGUGAAUGAUGAGAUACACGAUAUGGUGAGACGAGAAGGAAAAAAGUUGAUGGAAGAGGAAGAGCCGGAGGUAUGGGAUAAGGAGGAGGAGGAAGAGGAAGAGGGCGAUGAUUUGAGAUGUCGAAGGAGGAAGAGAGACCCGACGCAAGGAAAUGCGAAUGGGGCAAGCCCACCAGCGGAGACACCUCCGAAGGCUGCUAGAGGAUGCUGCGCAAGGCAGUCGGUAUACCACGAGGCGUCGCCGGUGGAACAGCAAAGAAGGGUCGGGGGAGACCGAAGAAGAAGGAGCUAUCUAGCUUGGAGAUGGACCCGUGGUGUGGGGUACCGUGUUCAGCAGACUAUAGGAGUAGAGUGAGCUACAAGGCAGUGAUCGUGAAAUUCAUCUCAAAG